AUGAGUCGAUCAAACGAUCAGUCCCAAUACAAGGGCGUGGAUUUAGAGAAGAGGACAGGAAAGUACUGCGCGCGGAUAUACGACGCGGAGGAGAAGACAACUAAGCGAAACAAUCUUGGCACAUUCGACACGGCCGAGGAGGCCGCCAUGGCCUACGACUAUGCCGCCCGGUCCAUGCACGGCUCCAACGCCUACACCAACUUCGUCUAUCCCGAUGGCAAGCACUGCGGCUCCCUCACCAACAUCACUGCCCCUCAUGAGCCCGAGUAUGAGCUCUCGCCUGACCACCCAGCCCCCUCCGCCGCUGGCUACAACUACGCCGGCGGCAGCGGCUACAACUACGGCUACCAGCAGAGCUACUUGGGGCAGGGCGAGGGGCAGUAUUCGGGGUUCGGGCAGGUGGAUUAUGGGCAAAACUCGGGGUUCGGGCAGGUGGAGUACCCGCAGUGGGCGCCGGGGGAUGAGCUGCCGCCGCUGCUGCAGGAUCUCACAAGCUCGUCGGUGGGAUACGGCAAUGACGGACGCAGAAAAUAA